CAAAUAUGUAAGAAAACACCCCAAAUCACCCUCGGCUUCAAGGACUUGUAUAACAGUGUUUUCAGUUCUCUGUUAUUUCAGUCGGUAAAAAGUUCAUUCAGUACAACUGACCCUUACAAUACAGGAACGUCAGUGCAUGAAAAUGUCUUUCAGUCAUAAGAAGCUGACAGAGGACGAGAGUGACAGUCUAAAAAGGAGCAAAAAGAAGCAAAAGAAGGACGAUGCCUGGAGACCAAAGGGACCCAGGGACCCAUUUGCUAUGCUGGACUCGCUUCCUGAGAAGAAGCAGCAGGAGAUCCAGAAAGCCCUCCACCUCUUCUCCUUGGGCCCAAGUCUGCCUAAGACCCUGCAGCAGGCCAAAAAACACACAUACCGUUUCUGGGACACACAGCCUGUCCCCAGACUGGGUGACAGUACUGGGACUCAUGGUCCAAUAGCAGAGGGUGAAGCCAGUGCCCGUGAGGAGCCCUACUCUCUUCCUCAAGGUUUCUCCUGGGACACUCUGGACCUGAGCAGCCCUACGGUGUUGAGAGAGCUGUGCACUCUACUAAAUGAGAAUUACAUGGAAGAGGAUGACAACACCAUCAGAUUUGACUUCUCUCUGGAGUAUCUGCAAUGGGCUUUACAACCUCCUAACUGGCUGGCCCAGUGGCACUGUGGUGUGCGAGUAGACACCAAUAACAAGUUAGUCGGCUUCAUUGCUGCUGUUCCUGCAGAUGUCCGCAUAUAUGAGAUGGAGAAGCAGAUGGUGCAGGUUAAAUUCCUGUGUGUUCACAAGAAGCUGCGCCUCAAGCGAAUGACUCCAGUUUUGAUCAGAGAGCUCACCAGACGGGUCAACCAGCAGGGCCUCUACCAGGCUGUCUACACAGCUGACAUAGUGCUGCCCACACCACUAAGCUCCUGCAGGUACUGGCAUCGCCCUCUGAAUCUCCGAAAGCUGACGGAGGUGAGCUACCCAGGUCUGAGACAGAACAUGAUGAACCUGCAGAGAGCGCUCAAAUUCAACCGUCUGCCUGAGGUGACAAAGACACCAGGUCUGCGCCCUGUGACUAAAGAAGAUGUUGCGGGGAUAUGGUCUCUGCUCCAGGCAAAUCUACGCAGGUUUCACCUCAGCCCCAUCUUGUCUAUGCAGGAAGUAGAGCACUGGCUGUUGCCAAGGGAGAAUGUGAUUGACACCUAUGUUGUGGAGGGUGAUGAUGGGACGCUGACAGACGUGGUGAGCUUCUACAGCGUCUCCUCCAGGGUGCUGAAUCACCCGGUCCACACUGGCCUGAGAGCAGCUCAUCUCCUUUACAUUGCCUCUACUGCCACUGAUCCGGUCAACCUCAUGGAGGACACACUGGUCCUGGCUAAAUCUAAAGGUUUUGACAUCUUCUCUGCUCUCGACGUGAUGGAUAACAAGAGUUUCCUGGAGAAGCUCAAGUUCAGCAUGAAUGACACGAGCCUUCAUUACUACCUCUACAACUGGAUGUGUCCUAAUGUGAGCCCAGACAAGGUGGGUUUGGUGUUACCCAACUAACCUGCCACUGAAAGAAGUGGUGAAGAGUGGUGAAGAUGAAAGGACCAGAGUGAUUGGCAGGACAUCAAACUGCAUCACCAGCACCAAUUUGGGUUUAAAAUAUAAACUGACAAAUUGUAAAACACACACACACACUCACAAAUCAAUGAAAGAAAUAAAGAUAAAAAUUCCUGUUGUAAAUACA